CUCCUGAUGGCACAGUGCCCCAAAAAUGAAUACUUUGAUAAUUUGCUGCUCUCUUGUACUCCUUGUCACCUGCGGUGUUCCAGCGCACCCCCGCCCUCCUGUGAAAACUACUGUGAGAAGAGAACCGAUUCGAGUGGAAUCCUUUGGAUUUGUUUGGGCAUAGGGUUGAUUUUAAUAUUCACUCUGUUUACCUUAAUGGUCUUGUUUAAAUGGAAGCACCUAAAGCAACAAAAACUGCAAAACACAGACUCCUCUGUGGAGCCAAACAACAUUCUCAAGGCUAAUACUGAAAGCAGUGUGAACACAGAAGAAAUCAGACACACACCUCCCAGAGAAACAUUAAUGUAUUCAGUGGAAGAAUGCACUUGCAGUGACUGUGGCUUGGUGAAACCUCAGACUGGCUGUGAAACUUCAUUUCCAUUACCAGCUACUGAAGAACGAGCUACUGUUCUAGUUACCACCAAAUCUUUUGAUUAUUGCAACUAUGUUCUGGGUGUUGGAUGA